AUGGCAGCAAAACGGUUGACCUCGACCUGCCUUCGCCGGCUACAACAGCAGACUAGACGAUCUUUCUCGACGACGAUACGGACACAAACAGACGGUGUCUUUCGAGCUCUCACGGAAAACAGAAUCCAAACACCAUGGAUCGAUGCACUACGAGAGAAGGAGCGUGGAGGCCAUGACCCGACAAAAGCUUCGGGGAAAUCAGAGACGCCUACUGAUCGCGAUCUCUCUCCGAAACGCAUGAGCGACAGCUACCACAGCGUCGUCCUGCCUCUCGCUCGCGAACCCUGGCUUCUCGAUACCUACGCCAACUCCAGUGGUCACAUUCGUCUGGGAACCUUGUUCAUGGAUCUUGACGCCUUGAGUGGUGUCAUCGCGUACAAACAUACCGGCGAAGGAGUCACAACCGUCACAGCUGCCUGCGAUCGUAUCGACAUCAAGCACCCUCUGACCGAGAUCUCGGACCUCGAGUACAGUGGCCGUGUCACAUAUGCUACAGGUCGCUCAAGUAUGGAGAUCUCGCUGCAAGUCGCAAAGGCGCCGAAAGAGGGAGAAAAGGUCAAGCCCGAGGAUGUCCUGUUGACAUGUCAAUUCACAAUGGUCUCGCUCGAUCCCGGCACCAAGAAGCCUGUCAACAUCCCUGCCAUCACGCCCGAAACAGAAGAAGAGAAGGCCGCCUUUGCUCAGGGCGAGAAGAACAGCGCCCACCGCAAGCAUCUCAAGAACCGCUCUUUGAUCAAGCAGACUCCAAACGACGAGGAGUCUGAUCUCAUUCACGCAAUGUGGCAGAAGCAGCUCCAAUACCACGAUCCAAUGGAUCCUGUACGCAAGCCCGACAACGUCUUCGAAAUGGAGCAGACGCGUCUGUCGACUGCCGCCAUCAUGCAGCCCCAAUACCGAAACAGACACCAUUUUAUGAUCUUCGGUGGCUUCCUUCUCAAACAAACUUUCGAGCUCGCCUUCUGCGCUGCUGCUUCCUUCGCCCAUUGCCGUCCUACCUUCGUCUCGCUCGACCCCUCGACCUUCCAGAACCCCGUUCCUGUUGGCAGCGUCCUAUAUCAGACAGCCACCAUCGUCUACACAGAUCCUCCAGUCGUAUCAGGUCAGACUGACGAACCGUCUUCAGAGGGAGGAGGAAAAUCACAAAAAUACACGAGGAUUCAAGUCAGGGUCGACACAAAGGUCCGUGACGUCGAGCACGGCACUGCAAAACCAACAGGCCAAUUCAACUAUACCUUCACCGUUGAACGCGACAUCAAAGUCAUGCCGAAAUCAUAUUCGGAAUUCAUGAUGUAUAUCGAUGCACGCAGAAGAGCCAUGAGGAUAAGGGAGAGUGUUGAGCACGGCUCUAGCGACUCUGGCGCAAAAGAUAGAGUGACUGAAUAG